GUCCUACGCGAGUGAAUAAAAAACAAACCCCCUUCAGUGCACAAAUAGACCUGCUUGAUGGCCUAAACUACAGACCAUAAUGGUUUUGGAGACCUCCGAGGGCGAUAGCAAAAAGUUCCUGACCAACAACAAUAACAACAACAACAACAACUCGAGUGCCAGCCGAAACAACAACAAUCAUAGUCCCAAGGAGAAUCCGGAAGAGACGACUCCCCCUGGAAGGAGUAACCACAACCAUAGGAGUUCCAUCACUAGCUCCUCCACUUCCGUUUCCGGUUGCGGCAUGCCCUCCGAGGGCCUCCACCCGACGGCCGCCCUCCAGCUUUAUGCCGCCGCCGCCCAACUGGCGCCCGGCGGCGUUCGCGUCCCGCCCUGGGGUCCCUUCCUCCAGUUCGGCGUUCCCGGGGUCUUUGGCCCCAACGGACCCUUCUUGGGGCGCCCCCGCUUCGAUGCCGCCGCCGGUGGCGGUGGUCACCCGAAUUCCGCCGCCGCCGCUGCUGCCGCCACCCAAAUGGCGGCGGUAAAUGCCAGCAAUGCAUUCGCCAACCUAACGGGACUGAGUGCGGCGGCAUUGCGGAACGUGAGUGCCGCCCAAACGACCGCCGUGGCCGCCGUCGCAAGUACAGUGGCCACCAUCCAGCACCGACUGAUGAUCGGCAACCGGCAGAGUUUGCCGCCGGCGGGACCGCCCAGCGAAGGAUCGAAUGAGGAUGGCGGCUUUCCCGGCGACGGCGACGACGACAGCAGCGCGGCCAAGCGGCGAAGGUCGCGGACCAACUUCAACUCCUGGCAACUGGAGGAGCUGGAGAGGGCCUUCUCCGCCAGUCACUAUCCGGAUAUCUUCAUGCGGGAGGCCCUGGCCAUGCGGCUGGACCUCAAGGAGUCGCGAGUUGCGGUAUGGUUCCAGAAUCGACGUGCCAAGGUGCGUAAGCGCGAGCACACGAAGAAGGGACCCGGUCGCCCCGCCCACAACGCCCAGCCGCAGACCUGCAGCGGCGAACCCAUUCCGCCCAACGAGCUCAAGGCCAAGGAGCGAGCCCGUCGUCGAAAGAAGCUGGCCAAGGCCAUUGACCGGCAGGCCCGGAAGCUGCAGGCCAAGGGCAUCACCGUGGACCUGGAGGCCCUGAAGGCCGAGUACAUAUCACAGCACAAGGCGAACGGCACCUUCUCCGACUCGGAUCUCGAGGACGAUGGCAUCCAGAUCGACGUGGUGGGCGGCACGGAUAGCGAUGAUGAGGGGGACAGCGAUGCAGUCAGCCCGGUGCGUCUGGGCGGCGGCGGAGGAGGAGGAGGCGGUGGCGGAGGAGGAGGCUCCUCCCAGCAGAACUCCUCCAUCCAUUGUGGCCUGGACGGCGAUGGCGACAGUUCGCGGGCGGGCAGCUUCAUCGGCGGAGGCGGUAGCCUCGGAAGCCCCAGUUCGGUGGCCCCGCCCUCGAUGCUCUCGAAUGGAGCAGCAACUGGCGGAGGAUUCGGCAAGCUGGAGCCCAUGGACGGCAAUGAGUCCGAGGAGCGGGACAGGGAGCGGGACUCGCCGAAGCCGCUGCUCUUUCCCGCCAAGGCCUUCCACCAACUGAACCUGCAGAGCAGCCAGCAGCACCAUGGAUUGGUGGGUCAGGGUCAGGGCUCCGGAGGAGGACACCAUCAGCACCACCACCACCUCCAGCACCACCUGCAUCAUGGAAACGCCUCCGCUUCGGCGGCGGCGGCUGUGGCCAAUCUGGUCCACCAGACGUCGCCCAUCAGCAUGCGGCGGAGCAAUCCCUUCAGCAUCGAGUCGCUGCUGUUCAACAACACGUGAGGAAACCCCCUGGACAUCCAGCUGGACAUAUUGAAGCAUCAUCCCUUGAUUUUCGCGUUCCUAGAAUAUUUUGCUCAAUUUUAUCCCAACCUUCGCCGCCCGCUAAGUUGUACCACCAUCAUUUGUAUCCUUGGUUCAGAGCUUGAAUAUUCCCUAAGUGAUUUAUUUAUUCAAAUGUAUUUUGUAAUGUAUCUUUUUUUUGUAUUUUUUUUUUAGUACACCUUGUUCCCAGACAGAGACUAAAUUAGUGUUGUAAAUGAAUUUAUUAUUUGUACUUCGUAUAUAUAUAUAUAAAUAUAGAUAACCUUUUUUUUUAAAGUGGCUGAUGCCCAAAGCAAUGCUUGAAACAUGAAUAAUAUAAUUAUGUAAUAGAGGUCUAUUAACUAAGGAACUUUUUUUUCAAAACUGUGAGUGUGAAUGCGUGUGUGUGUGUGAGAGAGUGUGUAAAAAUGUAAUUUAAUUUAGCAAAACAAAAAUAAAGGGA